CUGGUUACUGGGGCUCUGGGCUACAGUCUGAGCCUGGUUACUGGGGCUCUGGGUUACAGUCUGACCCUCGUUACUGGGGCUCUGAGCUACAGUCUGACCCUGGUUACUGAGGCAGUCAGCGUCAGUCUGAGCCUGGUUACCGGGGCUGUCAGGAACGGUAGCCGCCAGGUCACAGGUACCAAGCAGCUGGAUCGCAGCUUUCGGAUUCCAUUCUGCUGGUCUCUGGGGUUUGUAGCUCUUUCCACCCCCGCCGUUGAAUGCCUUUUCGAGCUGACUGAUCCACCGACUCCGCCCGUUCUCGGACGGCAGUUCCUGGGCUGGACUCUGAUGAAAUCGGGGACUGUGGUUGGAUUGGACCUCUCUCUUGAGGUGUGUAUUAACACUCUUGCUGGAGUUAAAAGAGCAGUUUGGAGAAGUGUUAUAACUGGACGUGACAUCGGCAAAGUCUCUCACUGAUUUAUAUUAGGCAAACCCCCAGGCUGAAGGAGAUAAUGGGCACAAGUGUUGAAGGUCAUCUGAAAGCAACACUAGUCUUGCUGGGAAAACAGCUUCAUCUAUAAAACCAUAAACUGCAAAAAGAUAGCAAGUAUAUGUUUACACUUUCAUAAGCAUAGUGUGCAAAUUAAUAGAUCUUUGUAUGCAAACUGCAACAGAGUACAGUAAACAAAAACUGGCUGGUGUGUUUCUUUUUCAAAGCCAUUUCAUCAGUAAUGUUUUAAACUGAGACACACAUACAAGCUUGAAACAGAAGUCAUUAACGGAAGUAAAUUUUCAUUAUUAAUACCCAUUGGAGCUACAGGUAUUCUGAAUUUCUUUUGUAUGAGAACUACUUACUAGUACAGUCAUUAACUAUGUGCUGUCAACAUGAUAACUGUUGUUAUAGAUUGUCAAGAAAUAUCAGCAGCUGUACAUUUGCAACAGGAUGAAGAAAGCGACAAUACAAACAACUUUCUCCAGAACAUGGCAGAAUGCUUCAUGGAACUAAAUGGCAAUAUGGAAAUCUCUGUUCCUUUUGAUGAUUGUGGAUUAGGUGUCAGUAAUUCUUCUCUGAGCCAAAAUUGUAUAGAGGAACAGGAUCUUUGCAAAGUUCUUGAAAACCAAAGAGACACCACAACUGUACUGAGCACUGAAAAGGCUAUCAGUUCAGAAGCGUUAGAUCCCAAUGCUUCAACUAAUGACAGCACAACAGGCUGUAUGGAGGAUCCUGUUGGCAACAUGAAACAUAUCUUAAAUGGAGCUGAUUUAAUGGGGAUGAGAAAGGAUACAUUGCUUAAUGCCUCAACAAGUAAAACAUUGUGCUCAUCUAAAGGUGAAGAAAACAGUGAAUUAUGGAGUGACUUUGCAGGUUACUGUAAAACAUCUGUUGUACAGCAGCAGUUAUUUGGUACUUUUCAUGAAUUGUCUUUGAGGGAAAAAGAUGAUUCUGCUGAGAAGAGUUUUCAGCAUUCCAAAAUUCCUAAUGGUUACUUCACAAAUCAUCAUUUUCCAAUCCAUCAUCACAAUCCUACAAAUAACAAAUGUGAUAAUGAAUUGCAAACCUCUGUCUCCACUAUUAAUGCUUGUGCUCCAAUGUGCACGAUGUUAAAAUUAAAUUCUUCUGUGAAUACUGAGGAAGAUUUACUUGGAUGCAGCAAUCCAGAACCACCUGCAGUUUUUGUUGAUAACAAUUUUGCAGAUUCUGCAGUAAAUAGGACAUUUGGAAGUGAUGGACAAUUAGUCAAUGACACAAUUCAGAUUAUUAACUACAAGGAAACUGAAUUUUCAGGCCUUGGCUCAGCUGGAGCAUUGUGCCCUGUGAAUCCUCCAUUUUCAGAAAACCAGGCGAUCCUAUCUGCAAGUUCAGCUCUGAAGGCUGAUACAAGGAGUCUCUUGGAAAACAUUCUUCAGAAUUCCUUCCCGUCUGAACCCAUUAAAUGUUCCUUUGAAGACAUCCCAACACUUGAGAAGGUUCUCAAGAUAAAUGGAGAAGAAAAUGAUGCUUAUAAAGCAAACACAUUAACCAGUCUUGAAUUUCCAAGGAUGUGGGAAGAUGUUCAAGAUUUAAAUAGUUUGUCCUUAAGGUUUUGUUGGAAUGUAUCUCACAGUCGAGAGAAGCUCCUGUCUACACUUGAAAUUGACCAAAAUCAAAAGGACAUUGGACAAAGUGACCUCCAGUUUCUGGAGGAUACAAUGGCCUGCAGUUCAGACCUGGAGAAGACUGGUGAAUUACCAGAAGUUACUACAGUUUCUGAAAACGGCACCAAAGCACUAAUCCAAACCAGGAUCCCUGUAAGCGCUUUUCCAAGAACCGGCCGAAGUUUGACUCAUCGACUUGAGAGUGUAGUUAUCCAGUGGUUACAUUUAAAUGGAAAUAGAGUCCGAGAGGUGCCAAGGAUCAAGAAAAGUUAAUUAUUUCUGUAAUACAAAAUUUAAAAUGUUAACAUUUUGUACUUUACCUCUUUUUCCCUAACACCAAUUUAUUUCAAACUGUCCAUCCAAAUUUUUAACUUUUAUGUUAUGGUCAUUUUAGAAUAUUUAGCAUUUCAAAAUGUAUUGCAAUUUGGUUACAGCAUGAGUAUUAAAGCAAAUAUAAUUUAACAGUUUGACUAAAGGUAUAUUUAAUUAUAGAGUCAUAGAGAUGUACAGCACAGUCCAACUCAUCCAUGCCAACUAGAUAACCUAAUCUAGUCCCAU